UAUAUUCUCAUAAAGUGUGAUAGAGUCACUACAAUAGGAAACACUGUAUUACCAUACGUGUACUAUAUUACCAUACAACCCACCACGGUAUAUUCUCAUACAGUAUACAAUAUUACCAUACAACCCACCACGGUAUAUUCUCAUACAGUGUGAUAGAGUCACUACAAUAUGGAACACUGUAUUACCAUACAGUAUACUAUAUUACCAUGCAACCCACCACGGUAUAUUCCCAUACAGUGGAAUAGAGUCACUACAAUAGGAAACACUGUAUUCCCACACAGUAUGCUACAUUCCCACACAGUAUCCACCACAGCACACCCUACUAGUCCAUCGCCACACGUCUGACCACACAGUGCAUCCCCCACAAUCCAGCACAACCACCACAUCACCAUGCCCCGGCCGCGCCCCUUGCAUCCGGCAUUCCAAAAAGAUCGCGGCCGGCUCCAGCAGCUUAGCUCCAGCAGCCUGCCUCAACACGGCAGCGCAUGGACAAGCGCCGCCCCGCGCCCGGCCCUGCCCCGCGCCGUGCCCUGCGAUUCGCCCCGCCAGGCCCCGCGGUGUCGGUGCGCCCUACACGCCGCGACCCGCUGGGCCUGGUGGGCCUGGGUGCUGGCACCCUUUUUUUCUUCCCGUCCCCAGCCCGGUUUUUCUGCACGGAACCGGCCCAUUUCCCAGUGCCUUUUUUUUUUCUCUCUUCUCGCCCCACAUCGACCAGCACCAGCCUCGGGCCGCAAAAAGCCACCGCCCCGCCGUCCGCCGCCGGGCCUUUUCCUGUUCCCCACACGCAGAUCACCUGGCCGCCGCCCCUGGACCCGGCCCACUCUUCGAGCCGCCGCCGGCCCGCUGCCCCGCUUUUGGCUGCACGCACAUGCCCCCGCAGAUCUCGACGUUGCACCCGCCCGCCGACCCGCGGGCCGCGGCCGUGGCGUUGCGAUUGACCCCGGAGGUCUUGCAGCAGUUGCGGGCGCUCCGCCGCGCCCACGUGGCGCCCAAACUCGUGGUGAAGGACGGCAAAUUCGUAUGUAUCCUCGGCCCCCUGGGCAGUUCCCACGCCUACAGAUCCACAGAUGCCCGAACAGAUCCACAGAUGCCCGAACAGAUCGAAGUAGAACCAACCAUGCCGAAACAGACCGCACUGGCCCACAGCACCGAAGCAGAGAGAAGCAGACUCUCCCGGACUCUCCCGGAUCCAACGACCACAGCCACGACCAACGGCCCCACCAGAUCUAUACACACCCACCCCGACCCCUACUAACACUCCAGCUGGUCAAGAUAUCCGACACGCUCCUGUUCCCCUGCCUGGCAGCGCCCGAGACGCUCCGGCUCGACGUCUACUCGGCCACGGCCGCCGCGUCACGGGACUACUCGUUCGCAGGCACAGUCACCCGCCGGCUCAGCGUGCUCAGCGACCCCAAGCAGAUCAAGGAGCACGGGCGCGUCGAGGCGCUGGCGCCGCCAGCCCCGCCGCGCGCCGCCAACCCGGCGGGGCCCGGCCGGGCCGCCCUGCCGCGGCAUGGCCAGCCCAGCUCCAUCGGCCUGAAGGCCUACUGCUUCACGGCCAGCGACGCGCCCGCGGACCGCGUCACCAAGUUCGUGUCCCUCCUCGCGUUGGGCCCGAUGACGCGGCCCGCCAUCGAGGACCGGCUCCAGCUCGCGCGGUUCGUGCUGCCCGCGCAAGCAGACCUUCUCUUCGCGUCCCACACGCAGCCGUACUGGCGCAAGGACACGUUCACCGACAGCGACGUGUACCCGCUAGCCGCGGGCGCCGCGCCCGACGCCGCGCUGCACAAGCUGUACGUCAUCCUCAAGGACAAGGCCUACAAGGAGCUCAGGCCCUGGCAGUGGCACGCGUACACGGACUUCGAGCGCACGCUCAUCAUCGACAACUGCCACCACGCGCUCGGCAGGCAGGGCUUCCUGGACACGCACCCGCUCCGGCGCCGCAUCGUGGAGCGGGGCAGUCCGCCGCGCAGCGCCAACAGGGCCGCGGCGUUGGGGGGCGGGCUCCUCGUGAGCAGCGCCAAGAAGCCGCCGCCGCCCGCCAGCCUGCUGGAGCCGGCCGUGCCGGGCCCGGGCUCGCCGCUCUCGCAAACCAGCGCCUCGGCACGUGCAUCCACCGAGUCGCCGACGCUCAGCAGCGAGGCCCGCAAGAGAUUUGCCCGCAAGGCCGGGGCCGCGCGGCCGACGCUCGCCCAAGGGACCGCCGCGGCGCUCUCGCUGUCUUCCGAUGACGAGAAACUCGCCAAGGGGGCGGCCGCCCGCAUGAAGCGCCGUGCCAACUCCGGCACGCAGGGCAGCCGCAGCGUGACCAGCAACGCCUCGUACACGCUGCCGUCGUCCGUGAACGACGAGCACGCUCUGGACCCGAGCGACCCCGACACGAGGCCGGCGGGCGCGGCGAAGCCGGCCGCGUCGCUUCCGAGCAGGCCCUCGAGCUCGUUCUCCAGCCACGACAAGAAGCAGCAGUACUACUCCCAGCUCGCGGACAAGUUCCGCCUGCGGUACAAGGAGUACGAGCGGCUCCACCGGCAGUUGAGCCGGGACUCGCGCAAGAACUCGCACGCGGAGAAAAAGAAGAGCCUUGUGAAGCUCCAUGAAUUGCACAACAGCCUCUCGGAGUGGAAGAGGCGGCUCUGGGACUACCACAACGAGAACAACAUGGCCGAAGGCGUCAUGACCCUCUCCAAGCACCGCAAGCUGAACUCGUCGUCGCGGAUCAGCGCCCUGGCGCCGCUGACGUCGAAGGUGUCCAGCGCGGAGCGCUUCUCCGCGGCGCCAGGCGGCCUGGGCGCGGGCCCCGUGGACUCCAUGCGCAAGCAGGCCUCGCGUGAGCGGCAGCCCGGCCCGCGCGCCAAAAUCGCCUUGGACUACUGAGCACAGCCGGCCGGAUCAUGCCGGGCUGGCCCGGGGGCGCCCCUGCGGCGGGCCAAGCUACGGCCAGCCACGCGCACCGGGCAGCACGCCAGGGCGCCUA